AUGUUUACAUCACACUCCGAUGCCAACUUAUGUACAAUAUGUUUGUCGGUCAUAAGACCAAAAGAUAGAUCUUUAAUCUCGAUGUGCCUUCAUGAGUUUUGCUUCUCAUGCAUUAAAGAGUGGUCCAAGCAGAAUGCAGUUUGUCCGCUCUGUAAGCAAAAUUUUAGUGAGAUUCUACACAAAAUUAGGUCGGAUGCUAACUACGAUAUUUAUGAAGUUACAAGACCCACCCAUACAGAGCAAAGGAGUUUUCGUGAUGAAGUUUUCUCAUCAACGACCUUGGUCACAAGUGUGUCUAGUUUUACUUUCGUUUCUAGAGUAGAAAGUAGAUCUGUUGGUGCUGAUGAUUUAUCGUCAGACCCUACAGCAGUAACUUCCCGAACACAUCACAACGACACUCCCGAUGCAACAAGACCCGCCCUCACUACAAGAAGAUUAUUUAACAGAAUGAUUGUGGUAUACUCGAUGUACAGUUGUGACAUAGCCAUCCUCGUCUACCUGUUCAACUUAUUAUAUUUAUUUAUUUUAUAA